AAAACUGAACACCUGCUAGCUGACGUUAGCAGUUUUUUUAUAUGGAGUAUUAAACUAUAUCUUGUAUAUGUGAUACUUCUGUGGGUCAUUCUGAGGCAAACAUGUUCCGACUCAAAGUGAAACAGUCAAAGUUUUUAUAUCUAAUUCUGAAUCUGUUCCUGAAUGGAUGUUGGAGCUAUUCAUUUUUCCAAGACCUGAUUCCUAAUGGUCACAGUGUACAACAUCCGUGUAUACCAAAUACACUCUUUGAAGGUGUUGGACAUACAAACAGACAAGGUGGUGGUAAAACAAAUGCCUUUGGUCAAGACUUUGCAGACUCUGGACAUCAGUGGACAAAAGCCUUGUGCCUUCAAGACUCUGAUGGUGAUGGAAGAAGCAAUGGCGAAGAACUCGGUGACCCAGCAUGUGUUUGGUCAGUAGGUCAAGUACCAUCACGUACAAAAGAUAUAACGCAUCCAGGCGUUUGUGAGCCAUUUCAUGACAGCAUGUGUCAUGGCAAGAACGACUUCGUGUCUUGUCAGUAUGACAAUUUUGUUGACUGCGAUGUUAUAAAGGGUCCAGAUAUCAACAGUCUGGACCUAACUUUCCCAGUAUUUACGGUUCCACCAACUGUCACCAACAACCUAUGUGUGACUUUCGACUUACCAGUUGACCAAGACUACCAUAUCGUAGCUAAUGAAGGCAUCGUGAAGUCCUCUCUUGUCCAUCAUAUGUUAUUGUUCGCGUGUCUGGAUGAUGAUGACCUGACCAUCUCAAGUCCUGAAGCAUGUAAAAUGGAAAGUACUUUGUGUUCCAAUCUAAUUGAUGGCUGGACACUUGGGACAUAUGGACAAUGUUAUGGAGAUAGUUUAGGCUUCAAGAUGGGAGCAACGGGAUAUAAAAGACUAAAGCUAGAGAUUCACUAUAAUAACCCCAAUAAGGAAGCAACAACCAUAGACUCCAGUGGUAUGCGUAUCUUCUACCGCCCAGUGAGAUCAGAGGUGCAAGAGUUGUUUACUUUAAUGACUGGACAGUUUCUUUUGACCCUACCCCCAGGACAACCAAGUGUUGAACAGAUCGGUGUUUGUAAGAGUCCUUGCACGUCGCAAAUAUUCAAACGACCUAUUUACGUCAUCCAAGGGGUCAAUCAUAUGCACGAAACAGGCCUUUCAAUGAGUGUUGAAGUCUACAGACACGGAGCUCACAUCGCUAACUUAACGGAUGAAAGAAAGUUUAAUCCUACGGACGCUUUCUAUUUUCAUCACAAGCCACCCGUUGAGAUUUGGCCUGGUGAUGAAAUAAUUACCAGAUGUAUUUACGACACAACCAACAGAACCAGCUGGACUUAUUAUGGCAAUGCUGCAACUGACGAAAUGUGUGUGGGUCUCUUGUUGACCUACCCGAAGUCUGCAUUCAACUUUGAAAACUUCGACGGACUAUCAUGCAACGCAGAAUCUGAUUUGUCUUUUUGUGAGGUGGCCCAAGAGAAACCACUCAAUGGCUGUAACUGGUCAACAGUUAUACAACCAGAAAAGGUUGGGUUUAUAAACCUAACAAAGCAAUUGUUUGAGAAGUGUAAUCUUGACGGCUCAUGCAGCUCGGAGUGUAAAGAAGAAAUUAAGACUUUGUUAUCCAAUCCAUGUUUUGAAGGCGAAGCUGCUGAGGUGGUUAAGAAUUACCUGCCCUUGUCGAAAGAAGGCUCAAAUUUACUUGAAAUUCUCAAGUUGUGUCCCUUGGAUGAGCUAGCACCUUGAAGAAUUGCACAUUGUUAGACUAAUCAAUACUUUAACUAUUAUUUAUAGUGUUUUUUAAUUUUUUUCACCUUAAAGAAUCAAGUCUUCUUUUGUUUUGUUUCACUUCUGUUGUGAACGAACCUCUGUUGUUUGUAAGAAGAGAUGAUAAUGUCUGUCAUGCUGUUCCAUAUCAUGUGCUGUCUGGUUCAAACCCUGUUCGUUGUCAUUCUGAAAGUUUGGGCUAGAUCGCACUCAUCGUUUCUAAAUUAAUCUCUGAAGCGUACAAGACACUUCAUCAUUUAUAUAUUAUGCUACUUUAAGAAAACGUUGGCUUUGUAGACGACAGGAGAAUGCAUUUAUGCAGCUCUAAAUAGUAGGAUGACUGUACAAAAGUUCGGGCGAGGAAGGGAACAUUAUGCUUUUUUUUUAAACUUUUGAAACUGUCGCACUUGCCUCUCUACCCGAUGCUAGAAUGUCUGGAUGAAGUAACAAACCGUUACAAAAUGCAAUCAGGGAAGUAAUUAAGACCAACAAAACAUAUCUCUCAAAAUUCUACAAUCUCCUCUGCCGCUGUUGUGAAUUGGCAUGUAAGUUGAAAACACAGGGUCGAUUUCCACAAUAUGUACUGCAUGGCAAUCUAAAAUAGGGCAAGUGGGAGCUGCAGGUCGUCCACUCCUAAGAUACUCUGAUGCAUGUAAGCGUGACAUGAAGUUUGUUUGUUUUUUAGUUCAGCACCAACAGAUGGGAUUAAAAAAAAAGCUCAGGAUCGGAUCACAUGAAGGGCAAGCAUAAAUGAGUUGUCCUGGAUCGCUGAACACACCAGAAGCAGGAAAAAGUCGGAAAACACUGUAGCUUAUGGUGACAACAAAUGGCUAGUAUGUGAUCGUAGAUGUAUGUCAAGGACUGGCCUCUCUACUCAAAGGAGAAGUUACAAAGGGACAACACUCUCACUUAAAACGUACAAUGUCACAGACAGAGUAUCCUCCCAUACAUUCGUGUUUUCACUCGCCCACAUAUCCGUGGAUCUCGCGCUUAGUUGUUGUUUUCUAAAAAAAAAAUUAUACAAUUCUUAGACAAUUGUUAGCUGAAAAAUGGUCAAA